AUGACGAUCGACAAGUUCACAAAGUGGAUCGAGGGGGAGCCAGUGACCUAUCCCAAGGCAGACAGAGUACUCAACUUCCUUGACGAGAUUGUCCAUCGCUACGGUUUCCCCAAUCGUAUCAUCACAAACCUAAGCUCAAAUUUUAUCAAUCACGAGUUCUGGGAGUACUGUGAGAAUAGCGGGAUUGAUGUCCGGUAUGUCUCUAUCGCUCAUCUGUUGGCCAAUGGCCAGGUUGAGCACGCCAAAGGGAUGUUGCUGGAAGCUCUGAAGAAAAGGCUACACGACAUUGGCAACGCAAAAGGUGGCAAGUGGCUCAAGGAGCUACCAAUGUCCUCUUGGGGCUUCGCACACAGCGGUGCAAGCCAACAGGGUACUCACCCUACUUCCUGA